UAUUUAUGAUCGUCUUUUUUUCCGCUCUUUCCAUUCUUGAAACAAGAACAAGCUAUGGAUUGUAUUAUUCUUUUGUUUUAGGCAUUUUGCUUUCAUGAUCACAAGAAAAUACACAUGAAAUUAAAUUAAGGGUCUAUAUAUUUAUAUAUAUAUAUAUGUAUUCGAUUACAAUCAUUAAUUAAUUUUCUUCUUUGAAGAAAUUAAGGAGCGGUAGGUUUUUUAAGUAGUUUGUGGGGUUUUAUAUAUUUUGCAGUGUAUCUCUAUGUGAUCAUGGAAGGAGGUGAUGAUCAUCUCCACCACCACCGCCGCCGCUCCAACUUCCCUUUCCAAUUACUCGAGAAGAAAGAUGACGAAUCCGCCGGCUGCUCCGGCUUCCCUUCCCUCGCCACCUCCACAGCCAUCGCAUCAUCAAACCCUAGCGCCCCCCCUCGUCCGAGUACCUCAGCUGCUUCCUCGAGUCAGCCCAUCGCCGCCGCAGAACCCUCCAAGAAGCCGCCGCCGAAGCGUUUUCAACUCACCCGUGAGCUCGGCCACAAGUCUGACGGAGAAACCAUCGAGUGGCUGCUCCAACAGGCGGAGCCCGCUGUCAUCGCUGCCACCGGCACCGGGACGAUUCCAGCGAACUUCACCUCGCUCAACAUGUCUCUACGUAGUUCCGGUUCAAGCAUGUCCUUACCAUCUCAACUGAGAUCUACGUUUUUUAGCCCGAAUUAUACGGUGCCUCAACGCCGGGGGAUCUUUCCGGGUAUUGGGUUAUCGCCGGAGACUUCUUCGACGACAUUGUUGAAUUUCCAGGCCCCCAACUUAAACCAUAGUUUGAUGCAAACGAAGCAGGAAAUGCGGGAAAAUUCGUUGGACUUGACUGAGACGACGGCGGAGGAUGGUUUAGGACGGAAGCGUAGAGCACCGGACGAGCUGCAGCAGGCGGCGGAGCACCACCAGAUUGGAAGCUACUUGCUGCAAUCGAGCACCGGAGCAAUGCCGGCUAGCCAUGCUUCGAUUCCGGCAAACUUUUGGAUGGUGGGCAGUUCCAAUAAUAAUCAAAUCCAGGGGACCGAUCCAAUAUGGACAUUCCCUUCUGUCAAUAACACAGCUGCUGCUUUGUACAGAGCAGGUAUGUCUAGUGGGCUGCACUUCAUGAACCUCCCGACAUCCGUCACGUUGCUGCCGGGCGGCAGCAGCGGCGGCGGUGGUGGUGGUAAUGGGUCGGGAGAAGGGCAGUGGGGGAUGCUUGCAGGGUUGAAUCCUCAUCGGGAUGGUGGCGCUGGCGGUGGAGGGUCGGAAUCUCAGGCCAGUAGAUCCCAUGGCGGCGGAGAUGAUACAACCAGCUAGCCACCAUUCUUGAACGAUCAAUCAACAAAUUUUACAAGGAACAUAGACGUGAGAUUGGAUGAAGUUUGUCAUGAAUUUGAAAUUGUUUUUGCUUUAUUUUUCCGCCUUAAAUUAAUAUUUCAUUUCGAUAUGGUCCUAAUUUUUUGGUGUGAUUAAUGUAGAGAGGAAUUAGACAUUAGGGUUUGGAGGAGAGACAAACAUUAUUAGCAUUGGAAGAAUUAUUGGGUGCUGCUCUUGUCCAAACUCACCUUUUUCUUCCUUUUCUUUAAUCUUUUGGUCACAGUCGACACACAAUGUCUUAUCAUUAUUAUGGUUUGUGCAUUCUUGAUUCUUUACUAUAAAAGAGAUCAUAUUACAUGUAA